AUGGCGAACGUGACGGAUCUGCAGAUGGAUCAGCUGUUCACCCAAGUGGUGGACGAGCAGACCGCCUCCUGCUCCCUGAAGGAUGAGCUGAAGCAGAAGGAGCAGAGCUCGAGGAAGGUGGAGCAGGAGAUGGACAGCCUGAGCUUCAGGAACCAGCAGCUGACCAAACGAGUGGAGCUGCUGCAGGAGGAGCUGCUGCUGUCUGAGAGCAAGAGCAAGAAGAGCAAAAAUAAAGGUGACUCUCCAUCUCAGGUCAGCCUGCAGACACAGAGUGUGUUUGAUGAAGACCUGCAGAAGAAGAUCCAGGAGAACGAGCGGCUUCACAUCCAGUUUUAUGAAGCGGAUGAGCAGUACCGUCGUCAGGAGGCUCAGCUGAAAGCACGGCUAGAUCAGCUGGAGAAAGAGUCUGAGCAGCAUCAGGCCGUCGUCAAUGCUCUCAACCACAAAUACACAGACGCCAUCGAGAAACUGCAGAACGACAAAGCCCUUUUGGAGGUAAAGGCUCAGACGCUGGAAAGAGAAGCCAAGGACUGUCGAAUCAGAACUGAAGAGUGUCAGCAGCAGCUGAGGAAGUACCAGAGUGAAGUGAGCAGUCAGUUAAAGCACAGCAGCAGUGUGAUCCAGGAGAAAGUGCCCUUCAACGACACCCAGCUGAGCGACUACAACAGUCUGAACGUUCCUCUGCACAACAGAAGGCAUCAGCUGAAGGCUCGUGACGUGGCGGCUCAGGCUCUAGGGUUUGUGCAGAGUCUGGUCUCGGCUCUGCUGAACUUUCACUCCUACACGGAGCAGAGAGUCCACAUCUAUCCGCUGGACUCAUCCAUCGAGGCCAUCUCACCCGUCAACCUGAAGUUCUCUCAGUAUCUGCACGAGAACGCCUCGUACCUGCGUCCGCUGGAGGAGGAUCUGCUGCAGCUGCAUCACAGCAUCACAGAAGACAGCAUCACCGCUCUGGAGACGCUGAUCAAGCUGCAGGACUUCUCCAGAUCCUUCUCCUCCUACAGCAGCUUCCUGCAGAAGAUCCUGCCCUACCAGCUCCAGAGUCUAGAGGAGGACUGCGAGGCGUCUCUCUGCACGGCAGCGCUGGCGUCCAAGAACCGGCAGUUACAGAAGGACAUGAAGAAACUGACCGCCGUCUUCCAGAAGCUGAAGUCUUACGUGGCUCUGCUAGCCCUGCCCAGUGUGUGUUCAGAUGCCAUGUGUCAGAGCAGUGCUAACGCAGUCUUCACUCAGAUGAGCGUGUGUUUACACGGCCUUCACGACGCUGCCACAGAGCUGUCGCAGCACUACAGUCAGAAGGCGUCUCUGGAGCAGGAUCUGCCCACCGUCACGCAGAAGUUUCGCACCACUAAUGAUUGUUUGCUGUCCUCACUGGCAUCGCUCACCAACAGCUGUGGAAAGAUGGCCACUUUCUUCAGCAACAACCUGGAUUUCUUGGCGUCGUGUCCCGGCUACAGUCCGCGAGGAGGCUUCCUAAACCCGCGACAGGCCGACAGCGUGAUGGAGAACAAGAGACGUGCUGCCACCUACAUGAGCACCAUCAGAAAGGUGCGGUCAGAGUCUGUUUCGUACAGAGAAGCGGUAGCAAACAGACACAUUCUGACGAGCUCUACGGAGAGCAGAGAGGGACUCAUGCAGCAGGUGGCUCAGAGUCAGGAGAAGAUCUCUCGUCUGGAGCAGGAGAAGGAGCACUGGCUGCUGGAGGCUCAGCUGGGGCAGGUGCAUCUGCAGAAGGAGACUCAGCGCAUCGCUCAGCUGGAGGCUCAGAUCACCGCCGGAGGUCCAGCAGAGACGCACAGCACCGCAGACGGCCCUGAUCCCGAUUGUGCUGACGCUCCAGAGCCCCUUCAGGACAGCAGCGUGAUCGGGAUGCUGACCAUCACUCCCUGCAGCGAGAGCGCUGCAGAUCAGGAGUCUCGUGAACAUCUGAUCAAGCAUCAUUACAUGAGCCGCGUGUCAGAGCUCACCUCUCAGCUGCCGAUGUGUGACAGUAAAGCCGUCCAGUUCCAUGCUGAGAGUCAGGAGAAGAUCUCUCGUCUGGAGCAGGAGAAGGAGCACUGGCUGCUGGAGGCUCAGCUGGGGCAGGUGCAUCUGCAGAAGGAGACUCAGCGCAUCGCUCAGCUGGAGGCUCAGAUCACCGCCGGAGGUCCAGCAGAGAGACACAGCGCCGCAGACGGCCCUGAUCCCGAGUGUGCUGACGCUCUAGAGCCCCUUCAGGACAGCAGCGUGGUGAGCGAGACACAUUCAUGUGUGGAUCAGAGGAUCGGGAUGCUGACCAUCACUCCCUGCAGCGAGAGCGCUGCAGAUCAGGAGUCUCGUGAACAUCUGAUCAAGCAUCAUUACAUGAGCCGCGUGUCAGAGCUCACCUCUCAGCUGCAGAUGUGUGACAGUAAAGCCGUCCAGUUCCAUGCUGAGGUCAGUCAUCACAACACACUUCAGCCGGCAGACCUCAGGAGCCAUUCAAACACCGUUCAACAGAUGCUAUUCCUUUGA